UAAAGCGCCGCCAAUACCGACGCCGACGCCUUCCCGAGCAUCUCCGCUCUCGACUCCGGAGGUAACCGCCCAACGGACCUUGAUAACUGUCAUUGCCCUACGCCCCCUGUGUUUCUACGACCUCGCUGUGUUCCGUGGGGUGCAUCGAAAGCCUUUGUACCUCCCUGUCACCCUGCCGUCUGGCUGCGGCUGCUCUUGGCUCAACCCGGGUCCGGCCUCGUGCGCUUCCGCGGCCGCUUGGACUGCGCGGGGUGAGGGCAGCACGAGGAACUCAUCUCAGCCUCUGCUAAACCCGGGCCGUGGGCAUCUCGCUGGAUCUGCAGAGGAACCCUAUGAGCUUAAGAACGAGCACAAAAGCCAGCCCCAGUUACCUCAUCGCCACUUCCGAGACCGACGCAAUUACCAAAUGCCGACUGAAUGUGCCGGACGAAGGCUGCACCGCAUCAGUGUGACCCUUCCUUCCCCUCUGACCACUGCAUGUGUCACCCUGACGUGUCUCCUCCCGAAGACAGAGACCCUGCCUUUCUGGAUGGUUGUCAUCAGCCACCUUCUCCGCUGUGCUUGGAAUAAGUGCUUUGGUAGAGGCAGAGGACAUCGAGAGGACUCUCGCAUUAUGAGUCUAAGAGCCAUGGAUCGUCUCUCUCCUAUUCCAGGGGCUGCCUCCUCCAGUCACUACCCAGUUGUAGGACACAGCAGCACAGGGACAGGGGUGACGGCCCCUGCUGAAAGUCAGGCGAUUUCACCCUCAGAACAGCAGGUCCAGGUAGACCCUGGAGGCUCUCCAUGCAAGAGCCUGUGUGCAGCGGGGGCGGAGGGACAAGUCAGGGGAUUGGGGGACCUCUUCCGAGGUGGUCGGUGUGUUAGCCCCUGGGACAGAAAUGAGCUAGGUGAUUCCCCAAACUCCUUUUGUUGGACCCCAUGGCCCGGAUGUGGCCACGUGACCUUGUUCGGGCCAAUGGCAUGGGAGCGGAAGAGAUGGAUGCCACAUCCAGGUCUGGCCCAUAGAACUCUCCCAUAUGCUGCUUCUCCUUCCAUGUCUUGGUGCAGAUGGGCCCAGCCGAGCUUCAAGAUGGAAGGAACGGGGGGCCCUCAAUCACUCCUGGAGAAGAGAGCCUCCCAUCCUUCGGGAGCCCCCACGUUGGACUUUACGUCAGUGAUAAAUCGUCUUCCAUUGUGGUAA